AUGGGGAAAGGAAAGGACCCCAAUGAAUCAGAAAACUCCGAACAUGUCUCCCGCCCAUUAUCAUCCCUGAAGGACCCUGCCUUGUUUUCUCCUCCUCCCAAACACAUUAACUACCAUGGAGCGGCCGCUGUACCCAACCAGACGACUCCAGACCGGAGUGGUAUCGGGGCCCCGCUCACCCAGAAUCAAGUGAACCAGCAGAAUGCACACCAAGAACAGGCUAUCGCAGCGGAACAGGAAGCAGCGGAGAAGCCGAAACCGCCUCCGGUCCCAUAUCGGGUGAAUACCACCGGGCUGUCAACAGAGAACCUGCCCCCUCCGCCGGUUCGACGUCUUGAAUCGCCGAGCUCCGGCUCAUCCACCAACAUCGCAACGGCAUCGAAGCCCAAGCCUUCCCUUCCUCCUCGGGUUCCGCCCCGGAACCUUCCAUCCCAAUCGCAGGACGAUGUCCCGCCACCGGCCUACAGCCCAGUGGCGCUUCCACAAUCUGACGGAUAUAUCAACCAAGAGGCUACAUCACGCCUCGCCAACGCUGGCGUGUCAGUCCCCGCCUUGGGGAUUGGUGAGGUAAACGGUCAAUCGCAGGCGCAGACCACAGCCGGCGAUGCACCCGUCAAUGAAAUACAAUCCCGCUUCUCGAACAUGCAAACCGGACCAGCCUCACGAGCUGUACCCCCUCCUCCCCCGGCCCGAUCUUCCACGCUUCAAUCGGCACAAGCAUUCAAAGACAAGCAUCAAGAUAAAAUCGACAUGGGCAAACAUAAACUCAGCGGCGCAGCUUCAGGAGCGAAAAAGUUUGUCGAUGAUUACCGGUCUCCCUCUGCUGCACCAGGUUCUCCUUCCCAUGCCUCUGGUCUUCCUCCUAGAAACGUGGAGGAGCCGUCACCACCCCCACAGGGAACACUUCAAUCAGCUCAGGCAUUCAAGAACAAGCAUCAAGAUAAGAUCGACAUGGGCAAACAGAAAUUAAGCGGCGCAGCUUCGGGAGCGAAAAGAUUUGUCGACGACUACCGAUCUCCCUCUGCUGCACCUGCUACACCUGCUACACCUGCUUCUCCAUCCCAUGCCUCUGGUCUUCCUCGAGACACGCAGGAGUCGUUACCACCCCCGCAAACAAAACUUCAAUCAGCUCAGGCAUUCAAGGACAAGCAUCAAGAUAAGAUCGACAUGGGCAAACAGAAACUCAGCGGCGCAGCUUCAGGAGCGAAGAGGUUUGUCGAUGACUACCGAUCUCCGUCUGCUACCCCAGCUUCUCCAUCCCAUGCCUCUGGUCUUCCUCCUCGGGACGCGGAGGAUGCGUUACCACCCGCUCAGGGAUUGCGGGAGCGACAUGCAGACAAGAUCGACUUUGGCAAGCAGAAAUUAGGUGGAGUGACCUCUCGUUUCAACACGAUGGUCGAGGACCACAAGUUCAACGCCGCGGCGAACAAGCGAAUGCCGCGUCCACCCGGUCCCGGCUCUCCCGCGACCAGCUCGCCCGUCGCUCCAGCCCCAGUCCCAGUCCCAGCUUCUAAUUCCCCCGGCUCGGCAGGAACCGGCGCUACGAUUGAGGCUCAAGCCCGUAAGAAGGCCCCCCCUCCCCGCCGCCGAAGAGAGCGGAUAUGCGGGCACCGACCAGCGAUUCGCCAGCCUCGUCGGCGGCAUCGACACCGCCACCAGUACCACACAACACAAAGCCCCGCUGAGCGGGAGUUGAGUGGGGUGUGUACAUUAUCUCCACAAUUUUACAUCCAUGAAAUGUGGGCUAUAUAG